AUGGUGAGCGGUUGGGUGCGACAACUGGCGAUGCUAUCGCGUCCGGCGAUGGGAGGGCUCGUAUCGCACUGCGGAUGGAAUUCGGUGCUGGAGAGCAUCGGGUAUGGUGUUCCAAUACCAACUUGGCCCAUAUACGCAGAACAACAGGAGAAUCCGUUCCAGUUGGUAAGGAAGUUGGUAUUGGCGGUGAAAAUUACGUUAGAUUGUGAUCAGCAAAGUUGCAGCGCCGGAGGAGCGAGAAUGGUGUCUGCGGCGGAGAUAGAACGGGGAAUGAAUAAGGAAGUUGAUGGAGGACGGAUGUGA